AUUUUUAACAAUUUAAAGUUUAAGAAUACAUAUUCAAUGGGAUAUAGCUCAGCAUAUUCAUGUUAUGUUUCAGAAACAGGAUUUAAUAUGAUUCGUGUAGCCAUAAUUUUGCAUGAUGUCAUUGUUAGGAAGAAAUAGCAGAAAACGUGUAGUCAUCUUACUUGUCUUGACGGGCCUCUCUGUCUACGAGCUGAAUCAUUUUCUUCCGACAUUGUAUAUAUCACCUAUCCAAACUAGUCCAAUAAAGGGUGUCAGAAGAUCAAAUGAUUUCGCACUCAAUAUAUCUCGUACUGAGCGUUCCGACUGGAAGACGGAAGAAUUGCACCGACUGGGAGAUCUUGUACAGCGGAGACUGCAUUACCUGCAGAACCCUAAAGACUGUGAGAAUGCAAAAAAGAUACUGUGUAAUUUCACCCGAGGAGCCGGAUAUGGAAGCCAGAUGGACGACUGGCUGCUCUGUUUGAUCGUAGCAUACGCAACAGAACGGACGCUUAUUGUGGACUCUAAAGGCUGGCGCUAUGCAAAGCAGGGCCUUGAGACAGUGUUUCUACCUCUAAGUACAAAUUGUACGUCUACGAAAAAUCAGAGUGUAAUUCAAAUAAAAGAUAUAAGAAACAUACAAUCCAUCAAAGAAGUUGUUCAGCUACCCCGUAAUUUCCAUGUGUUUGAUCGUCCAAUGUAUCUGCCAAAGUCAAUACCAGAGGACCUCGCGGAGGAAAUUACUAGAGUUCACAAAAAUCCAUCCGGUUGGUGGAUUGGACAGUUCCUAGUAUAUCUUACCAGACAAAAUCAGGGAUUGAAAAGUUUUAUUGAACAAAACAUUCGUAACUUAGGUUUUCGUCAUCCGAUUGUUGGACUGCAUGUGCGAAAAACGGAUAAAAUAAAAGAACUUAAAAAACUCCGUAAUCUGUCUGAGUAUAUGACCCAUGUGGAACAAUGGUACGACUCAUACGAGAGAAGACACGGUGCUGCUCAGCGCAGAAUAUUUUUAGCUACUGAUGAUCCGACUGUAAUUACCAUGGCAAGAGAAAGUUAUCCAAAUUAUACAUUUGUGAACAAUGUCAACGCUUCUGAACUUGCAAAAAAAUGGUCUACCAGAUUUUCUGAAUCUUCUCUCUAUGGACUACUUCUUGACAUUCAAAUGUUAUCAAUGAGCGAUUUUGUCGUUUGCACGAUGUCAUCCAAUAUUGGGAGGCGUGUGUACGAAUUGAUGCAUGCAAGCUACUGGGACGCUCCUGCCCGUAUAAAGUCACUGGAUAUCGAAUACGCAUUCCAUUAUCAUAGGAAUGCGGAACAUCUUACACAACACAGAAACAGGAGAUUCACUGUUCUUAAGGAUAUAUCACAUCCACACAAUAUAACGAUAACACUGGAUAACAAAAGAAAUCGCGUAAAAAUGCCAACUUACAAUGAAGUUCCGUGGUCAGUGAGAACAAUAAUAUGAGCCGCGCCAUGAGAAAACCAACAUAGUGGCUUUGUGACCAGCAUGGAUCCAGACCAGACUGCGCAUCCGCGCAGUCUGGUCAGGAUCCAUGCUGUUCACUAAUGGCUUCUCUAAUUACAAUAGUCUUUGAAAGCGAACAGCAUGGAUCCUGACCAGACUGCGCGGAUGCGCAGGCAGGUCUGGAUCCAUGCUGGUCGCAAUGCCACUAUGUUGAUUUUCUCACGGCGUGGUUCAUAUAGAAUGAAGGUCCUUGGUCUCUGUUUGUAGCGACCUGGUACCUUGUAGAAACAUCAGUUGUUACAAAUCAUAGAGAACAUAGAUACAGGCGUGUCGCAAGUACAAGAAAACAUGAGAUGUUGUUUGAGGUUAAAAGUCACUAAUACAAAUUCUUCUUUAUGUCAUAUAAAAAUGACAACUUCAGGUCUUAUUUACGUAUAUUUAUUUUUUCCUACACCUGUCUUUCAUGAACGUUCUUUCAUAAAUUCGUGAAAGAAAAUGAAAAGAAAAAAGGGGGCUUGAAUAAUUUGUCAGAGUCUGCUACGCUAAAACAACGCAUAUUUGCUCUUGUCAGUAAACCCUUUCUUUUGGUUUCGAUCUGCAAAACUCACCAACGUUGGAGAAUAAACAUGAAAGUUUCCACAUAUCAGAAGUCUGGUAUGCUUACCUGUUCGUCUCGGGAUUAUGACGAACGUCUGAUGGAUGUGAAUGUCUCAUUCGAUACAGACUGCAUUCCAGCAGCAGUGUAAAAGUGUUAUUUAAGCACCUGUUAUACAAGAAUUUCAGUUAAGUUGGUCUGCAGUUCGCAGUUCGCGAUUCGAAUUGCGAACUGCAAACUGGUCGGGAGUUCGCGAUUCGAAUUGCGAACUGCAAACUAGUCUGCAGUUUACAAUUCAAAUUUCAAAUUGCAGUCUGAUCAGCUCUGUCUUGCGCAUUGCAGACAAGAAUGCAUUUCACAGUUGGUCUGCAGUUCGCAGUUUGCGUUUCGAAUUGCGAACUGCAAAUUGGUCUGCAGUUCGCGAUUUGAAUUGCGAACUGCAAACUGGUCUGCAGUUUACGAUUCAAAUUUCAAAUUGCAGUCUGAUCAGCACUGUCUUGUGCAUUGCAGACAGGAAUGCAUUACACAGUUGGUCUGCAGUUCGCAGUUUACGUUUUCAAUUGCGAACUGCAAACUGGUCUGCAGUUCGCAGUUCGCGUUUCGAAUUGCGAACUGCAAACUGGUCUGCAGUUUACGAUUCCAAUUGCGAACUGCAAACUGGUCUGCAGUUUCCGAUUCAAAUUUAAAAUUGCAGUCUGAUCAGCACUUUCUUGCGCAUUGCAGACAAUAAUGCAUUUCACAGUUGGUCUACAGUUCGCAGUUCGCGUUUCCAAUUGCGAACUGCAAACUGGUCUGCUGUUUACAAUUAAAAUUUCAAAGUGCAGUCUGAUCAGCACUGCCCUGCAAAUUGUAGACAAGAAUGCAUUUCACAGUUGGUCUGCAGUUCGCAGUUUGCGUUUCGAAUUGCGAACUGCAAACUGGUCUGCAGUUCGAGAUUCGUAUUGCGAACUGUAAACUGGGCUGCAGUUUACGAUUCAAAUUUCAAAGUGCAGUCUGACCAGCACUGUCCUGCGCAUUGCGGACAAGAAUGCAUUUCGUAAUUAGUCUGCAGUUCGCAUUUCGCGUUUCCAACUGCAAACUGCAAACUGGUCUGUAGUUUGCGUUCCGAAUUGCAAACUGCAAUCUUGUCUGCUGUUUACAAUUAAAAUUGCAAAGUGCAGUCUGAUCACCACUGCCCUGCAAAUUUUAGAAAAGAAUGCAUUUCACAGUUGGUCUGCAGUUCGCAGUUUGCGUUUCCAAUUGCGAACUGCAAACUGGUCUGCAGUUCGCGAUUCGAAUGACGGACUGCAAACUGGUCUGCAGUUUACGAUUCAAAUUUAAAAUUGCAGUCUGAUCAGCACUUUCUUGCGCAUUGCAGACAAGAAUGCAUUUCACAGUUGGUAUACAGUUCGCUGUUUGCGUUUCCAAUUGCGAACUGCAAACUGGUCUGCAGUUCACGAUUCAAAUUUUAAAGCCCAGUGUGAUCAGCACUAUGUUUCGAAUUUCAGACUAGAAUUCAUUUCACAUUUUGAUGGUCAUGGCUUGGAAUCGAAUGACAAACUGCAGACUGGUUUGCAGUUCACAAUUCGAACUGCGAACUGCAAGCUGGUCUGCAGUUUACGAUUUAAAUUUCAAAGUGCAGUCUGAUCAGCACUGCCCUGCGAAUUUGGACAAGAAUGCAUUAGACAGUUUUCAAAUGCGAACUGCAAACUGGUCUGCAGUUCGCAGUUCGCAAUUCGUAGUUCAUAAUUCGAAAUGCGAACUGCAAACUGGUCUGCAGUUCGCAGUUCACGAUUCGAAUUGCGAACUGCAAACUGGUCUGCAGUUCAAGAUUCAAAAUUAAAAUAUAUUUGAACGUUACUCUUAUACUUUUAAGUAAUAGGUCAGUAUUUGCUAAAUAUAAAUGAGCCGUGCCAUAAGAAAAUCAACAUAGUGGGUUUGCGACCAGCAUGGAUCCAGACCAGUCUGCGCAUCCGCGCAGUCUGGUCAGGAUCCAUGCUGUUCGCUAAUGGUUUCUCUAAUUGCAGUAGGCUUUAAAAGCGAAAGCAUGGAUCCUGACCUGACUGCGAGGAUGCGCAGCCUGGUCUGGAUCCAUGCUGGUCGCACACCCACUAUGUUGGUUUUCUCAUGGCACUGCUCAAAUGUUAAUGGUCUGCACUUCCUCCCUCUUCAUUAGAACUGCAAAGUGCCGGCUAGUCUGACGCUCUUAGUUUUUGUGGCGAACUACGAACUGCAAACUGGUCUGCAGUUCUCAGUUCGCAGUUCGCAAUUCGUAGUUCAUAAUUCGAAUUACGAACUGCAAACUGGUCUGCAGUUCGCAGAUCACGAUUCGAAUUGCGAACUGCAAACUGGUCUGCAGUUCAAGAUUCAAAAUAAAAAUAUAUUUGAACGUUACUCUUAUACUUUUAAGUAAUAGGUCAUUAUUUGCUAAAUGUAAAUUUUCGCAAAUUUUCGGUCCUUAGUUUUUGAUUCGAAUUGCGAACUGCAAACUGGUCUGCAGUUUGCAGUUCACGAUUCGAAUUGCGGACUGCAAACUGGUCUGCGGUUCACGAUUCAUAAUUGAAAGUUUACUGAAAUACUACUCUUAUGAUUUAAGUACUAAGUUAGUGCUAGCUAAAUAAAUGUUAAGGGUCUGCACUCUCUCCCUCUCCAUUAAGAAUUUCAGAGUGCCGGCUAGUCUGCGGUUCUUAGUUUCCGAUUCGAAUUGCGGACUGCAAACUGGUCUGCAAUUCAGAAUUCGCAGUUCACGAUUCGAAUUGCGAACUGCAAACUGGUCUGCAGUUCGAAGUUCACGGUUCGAAUUGCGAACUGCAAAUUGGUCUGCAGUUCACGAUUCAAAAUAAAAGUACAAGGAAUGUUACUACUAUAAUUUAAGUACUUAGUAAGUAGUGGAUAAAUUGAGGUUAUGGGUCUGCACUUCCUCCUUCUCCAUUAGAAUGGCAAAACCGCCUGCUAGUCAGUGGUUCUCAGUUUCCGAUUCGAAUUGUAAACUGCAAACUGGUCUGCGGUUUAAUGAAGUUUUGCGUGCAAGUCACUCUCCAAAACUAAUGCAGAUACUGGAUAACAUUUAGGGUAGUAUUCCUACUUCUGGGACAGUGAAUCAAAAAGUCAAGCACCGGCUGUCUUACGGACAGGUCUUGUUUAUUUUACAAUUUAUCAUUUGAAUUGAAUUGUCAUUUUUUUUUGUGUGUGUUUUACAUACGACACGCUAAAGAGCUAGGGGAGCGUCUGUCAUUAUCUUGCUGUAUCCUGUAUCUUGCAGGAUUUUUUCCAAUGAAACUGGUAACAUUUUUAUGGAGGAGCCGCCCAUAUCAAUUAUCAGUGACGAAUAUAGAUAAGCUUAAAUAUAAACAAAGAAAACAUGUAGAAGUUAUAGCAUGUAUGUCACGGGACGUAACAUUUCAUGUUCUUUAAACAUAAUAGUGACGUGCGCCGCGCAUAGCGGGGAAACUAAUAUACUUUGCCCUCGCGGUAUCGUCUGCUGUUUAAUUGAAUCGGAUAUCCUCGGCAAUGUACAUUAUGUCACGUAUAUUAACGGAGAUGUCCGAGGCACUUCAUCCUUGCCCGCACAGUCUUUGUGAAUUCUUGUCAUGUAUGACCAAUCUUCUUGGUUUGUUUUAUGGGCAUGAAUGAGAGAUAGAAUGAGAGAAAGAAAUACACUGGUGUUCUUUUUAA